AUGGACAUUGAAGAAAAAUAGAGUAAUUUGUCACCAAAUCGUCAACUUUUGAUUAAUGAAAUAUUACAGACUCAUAAAUUUCAAUCAGUUUAUAAAAUGUGUCAUAAAAUAGAUAAUAGUAUAUUUAAGAAUUGUAGUUAUCCAUUAAUGAAUAUUAAAAACUAGAUUUAGAAGAUUUAGAAGCAUAAUUAUAGUUUUGAAGAUGUUAAAUAACAAAAUAUUUUAAGUAUUAUGAAUGAAUAAAUGAAAAUUGAAAAUAUAAGAUAAGAAAUGAUUGAUUUGAUAUUAGAGAGAAAACCAUUUCCAAAGAUUUUCUAAUUUAUAGAAUUUAAUGAUAUGAAUCAAUUUGAAAUAAUUUAUUGUGAGAAAUUACAAAAACAUCUUAUUGAAGCUCAAUUUCAUCAUUAAUAUAUAAAUAUUGCAAGUUUUUAAUUUGAUAGUAAAUUAGAAAUCAAUUAAAAUAUUAAUGAUUAAUAGAUUAUCCUUGAAUCUAUUGAAUUAUUAACAUAAAACAUGCAUUAAAUAAUUAAUUUAUAAAUUAUGAAGAUUAAUGAUUAUUAUUGGAUUAGAAAUUUAUAUCAAAAAUAAUAGUAGAAACAAUUUAAAGGAUUAAAUGAAAUUAUUCAUUUAAAAAUGGAAUAUUUAUAUGAAUCAAUAUAAAAUCACUUAAUUGUAUUGUAAAAUAAUAGAAAUAGAUAAAUCAAAUAACCAUUUAUUAUUUAUGAAUUGAUGAAAAUAUUACUCUAUUUUGCUAAUCAAAAAGAAAUAAUAAUACCUGAUUUAUUAUUAAAUUUAGGAUAUAAAUCAAAAUAUGAUUAAUUCAAUAUCAAAUAUAGAUAAAUCAUAUGUCAUUUUAAUCCUCAUUUUUUAAACUAAUUGAUGAAAUUACCAGAACUUCAAGAUGUUGUACAUAUAUUAAAUAUUCCUGAUAAUAUGUAAAGUGAAUAAUAACAUAAAGAGUAUUAAGAAUACUACAUUCAUGAAAUAUAUACUUUUUUUAGAUUUGUAAAAUCUAUAACUAUUGAUGAAGUUAUUCUAACUUAAUUAUAAUUACUAUUUAAGAAAUUAAAUGAAUUUAGAGAUAAGUUAAUCAUUAUUUAUGAUAAUUAACAAUUUAAAGGAUUAAUUUCUAGACUAAAAUUACUUUAUAAAUCAGAAAUAAAUAGUUAAUAAUAUCCUGAUAAUGAAAAGUUUAAUAAAACUUAAAUUAAUUACAUUCUUAUAGUUUAAUUGUUAUCAGAAAUUAAAGUCUUUACUUUAACUUCUUAAAAUAAUAAAAUAGAUGAUGAAUAAAUAUUAAUGAUGUAAAAUUAUAAUGAUGGAAGUGAUUUAGAUGAUGAUAAUGAAGAAUAUAAAAUAUUUUAAUAAGAAAUUAAGAAAACUGUUUGGAGUCCUAAAGAUUAUAAAUAUGUUAAUAUUUUUAAAUACUUUAUUAAUUAGAUGAAUUUAUACAAAGUUCCUUUUCCAACUCUACUUACAAUUGUUCAAUUCUAUAAUUAUAAAUUUACUAUUAAUUGCAUUAAAACAACUUAAGAAGAAUUACAUAAAAAUUAAUAAUAUAUUCGAUUUUUAUUUAGAUUAUUAGCAAAAAAUCUAAAAAAGGAUUAAUAAAUACCAUUAAGAGAAUAACUAGUAAAUUUAUAGGUAGAUAAAAUAAUUAAAUGGCCUAAAUGUAUAUAAUAAUAAACUAUUUUGAUUAAUGAAAAUAAGCAUCAUUUAAAAGAUGAAUUAAAAGAAAUUAUUAAAAACAAGAACUUUUAAAAAUUUUACACAGAAUUAAUUGAAGCUAAUGAAACAAAUGAAUUAAGAAAAGAAAUCUUAGAAAAUUUAAAUGAUAUUUUUAAUUAUAUUUAAUCUAUAUGA